AUGACAGAAGGAUUUCAGAAUAUUGCUACCACAGAUAUUACUUGGGAAAACGUCCAAGAUUAUAUCAAUACUGGGGAACUAUACAAAUUAAGAAGAUCCAAGGAAGAAACUAUUAAAUAUAGAGCUCAUAAAGCAUUGUUGAAAGAAAAAGAUAUUUCAAUCAUUGAUCAUAUCUUAAAAAAAUUAAAUUGGGAUUUGGAUAAUCUAGAGUACCUCAAUGCUACUAAAUAUCUGGAGAAUGAAGACAAACUUAAGGCAUGUUUCUCAAAUAAAGAUUACUUCAAAUUAUUACCUAAUGACUUUCCUUAUAUGUUUGAACCGAACAUUAUUCAUUUAUUAGUAUGGUCAAAAAUCCGUUUACCAAUCUAUUUAGAUGAUCAUAGAGAAGUUAGUAUGGAGAAACAUAAUGAUGUUCUACCAACAAUGAACCCUGAUAUGAAGGAAAAAAUCAACAAAUUCUUGACAAAGACUCUACAAAAGAAAUUGGGCUUGGAUCCAGUUAAUGAUUAUGUAUGGUUUAUAAAUUAUACCAGUUUGCAAAGUAUUAGGGCUAUUUCACAUAUUCAUUUACUGAUUAGAUGCAAAGACAUUCCACCAGAACAUUCUAAGGAAGCUAAAAAAGCAACUGAAAAGGUAAUGGACGGUUUCCUGAACCACGACUUUUUUGAAACAUUAUGA